UGCAAGUUCUUCCAGGGCCGCCAAAUUUUCUUGAGAAUCACUCACAUCCAUUGAAUCCCGCUCUGGUUCGUCUCCCGGACGAUCAACAAAACCUUACCGGUGACGUAGGUAAGCUUGUACCCCGUCUUAUGAGUCUUUUAUAUCACGAAAGUUCUUGGCUUUUUCUUUUCCCACAAGCGGGAUCCAAAUCGAGAUAUUUCUAGCAAAAAGAUCUUCAUUGAGUGAUAUGGUCACAAGACCCCGAAAUCACCAUACCUCAGACAUACAUUUAACGUAACGCUUACCUGUUUUCUAGGAGUUUAAUACUUGCAUUUCUUUCAGGGUCACCGUCACGAGUCAUUGGCCUCAGCUUUCCCAAGAAAUUCAGAUCUUCAGAGCAGUAGACAGACUUUACCCCUCAUCAACCCCCAAGCAGUUCUGCGAAGCAUCCGAUUCGUCGUAUUUGCAUCGUCAACCUGAAGCGAUUGGUGGCCAAACUUCUAGUGAACUUGGGAAGUGUCCUCGUGCUUGACCACUAAGAUGGCAGGAAAGACAUACAUCGUGGAACACCUCGAUGAUGAGCUGGGUCCUUGGUCCGAACUUGAGUAUUUGACAAUUGCCAAAGAGUCUCACGAGGCGGGUGCAAAUUUCUGCUUGACGUCGAUACCCUCAGCGUUGGCGUUACCAGAAGCUUUGAAGGCGGCACCUGGUUUCACGGCUGAUGGGAAGAGUGUUGAAGAGAUAUAUGCUGAGCAGAAGGCUCGCGUGUGUCUCCUUGACCCUGCUGCAUCAAAAGGGUUGAGCCCCGAGGAUGGAGAUAACUUUGACAUUUUCCUGUUCGGGGGGAUUCUAGGUGAGAUCUCAAGAUCGAGUUUUCUCAUAACCCAUGUGCUGACAGAAACAAGGCGAUGACCCGCCGCGAGGUAUCUAGACUUGUCAAACGCAAGAAUUAUUGGCUGAGAAUCAUCAGAUAGGACAUCGGAGUUGAGAAAGAAAGGCUAUGAGAAUCGGCGGCUUGGGCCCAAACAGAUGACGACCGAUACUGCUGUGAGAGUAACCAGACUCAUUGUCCAAGGCAAGAGUAUAGUACCCCACAUAAAUAGACCGAUACACUUGCAGAUUCUGACUGUCACACAGCUCCACUUGAGAAGAUUGACUAUAUCGAUGAUCCAGAACUCCGGGUGAACAAGAAUGAAAGCACCGAGAUGCCUUUUCGAUAUGUCAAGGGAGAAGAUGGGAAGCCAAUCAUGCCAGAGGUAUGUAAUGGAAAAUUUCCAUCAGACUUGCUCCCUUCCGUUUUACCUAGCAUAGUUGAGAAGACUUUCUGCCCGUAGGGAAGAGACUCCAAUAUCAUGUCAAAAGCGAGGAGGGGUAAGGAAAGAAACUUUCCAUCCUUCUAACUUUUGGCAUAAUAUCUCGUCCUCAAAGAAGGUGAUCUGAAGACAUCGUUGAGGGGAGAUGGGCGUGUGUUAAAAAAUGACCUUGAAACUCCAUUUGGUUGAGUAGACAUUGUUUGCAUUGCUAAUGUUGAGUAGGGAAUGGUCGAGCUGAUUAAGAAAGAUACCGAAAAGGGAUUUGGUGAUCUUUUCUAAAUGCACAUAUAUUUGCUAUUGCAAAUGUAUUUUGCUGCUAGGAUUUCGUUUGCAUACUUGGACAU